AUGGCGUCGAAGCGGGCGCCAACGACGACGCUACCGAAGGCCAAAAAGAAGAAGCCGAAGGAGGUCUUCGCGAACCUCGUGCCGCGCACGGCGCGGGGCGUCGCCGUGGACCCGUCGCUGCCCGUGCUCGCCGCGCGCGACGAGAUCCUCGCGGCGGUCAAGGCGCACGCGACGGUGCUCCUCGUCGGCGAGACGGGCAGCGGCAAGUCGACGCAGGUGCCGCGGUUCCUCGUCGAGGCCGGCCUCGGCUCCGGCGCGCGGGGCGCGCGCGUCUGCGUCACGCAGCCGCGGCGCGUCGCGGUGCUCACGGUCUGCCAGCGCGUCGCCGACGAGCGGGGCUGCGCCGUCGGCGAGGCCGUGGGCUACGCCAUGCGCUUCGAGCGCCGGGUGUCGCCCGCGACGGCCGUCAAAUUCGCGACGGACGGCCUCGUGAUCCGCGAGUGCCUCCGGGACCCUCGGCUGUCCGACUACGCGUGCGUCGUCGUCGACGAGGCCCACGAGCGCGCGCUGCACACGGACGUGCUCUGCGGCCUCGUGCGGCGCGCGGCCCGGGCGCGGCGCGCGUCGCCGAGGCCCCUGCGGGUCCUCCUCAUGUCCGCGACGCUCGACGUCGCCGCCUUCUCCGGCUUCUUCGACGACGCGGCCGUCGUCCGCGUGCCCGGGCGGGCCCAUCCCGUCGACGUCUUCUACACGGCGGCGGCCGUCGACGACUACGCCGAGGCCGCCGUCGCCUGCUGCCUCCAGCUCCACGGCGACCCGGCGUGCGGCGGCGACGUUCUGGUGUUCAUGCCCGGCGAGCAGGAGAUCCGCGAGCUCGUCCACAUCCUCGACGACGCGCUCCGCGGGGCGGCGCCGUCCCUCGUCGUCCCGCUCUACGGCGCGCUGCCCCGCGAGGACCAGCUCCGCGCCUUCGCGCCGGCGCCGGGCCGGCGGAAGUUCGUCGUCGCGACGACGAUCGCGGAGACGUCCGUGACCAUCGGCGGCGUGCGCCACGUCGUCGACCCGGGCCUCGUCAAGGCCCGCGCGACGUCGACCACGGGCUUCGAGUCCCUCAAGCUGGCGCCGACGUCCAAGGCCCAGGCGCGGCAGCGCGCGGGCCGCGCGGGCCGCGAGGCGCCCGGCCGCUGCUACCGCCUCUACCCGGAGGCGUCCUGGGCGGCGCUCGCCGACGACGUGACGCCGGAGAUCCUGCGCUGCGACCUCGCGGCCGUCGUCCUCCAGCUCAAGGCCCUCGGCGUCGACCGGCCGGAGACCUUCGACUACGUGUCGCGCCCGCCCAGGGCCGCGCUGCUCCGCGCGCUCGAGACGCUCCACGCCGUCGGCGCCCUCGACGACGCCGGAACGUUAACGGCCCGCGGCGCGCGCCUCGCGAAACUGCCGCUCGUGCCCGUCCUCGCCAAGGCGCUCGACGGCGCCGCGGAGGACGACCGCUACGCGCCGGGCGCGGACGCCGUGCUGACGAUCGUCGCGGUCGUCGCGGCGUCGGACCACGGCGUCUUCGCGACGCCGUCCCGGUCCGAGGAGGCCGACGACGCCAUCCGCGCGCGCGACGCCUUCGAGGACGUCUCGGGCGACCUCCUCACGGCGCGGAACGCCUACGACGCGUGCGCGCGGGAGUCGACGCCGGCGAACCGGGGCGCCUGGUGCCGCAGGCGCUACGUGUCCGCGACGGCCAUGCACACGGCCUUCCGCGUCCGCGCCCAGCUCGCGGGGCUCUUCCCCGACGGCGCGUUCUCCCGCGACGCCGCCGCGGACGCGGACGCGCGGCGCGCGGCGACGCUCGACUGCCUCGCGGGCGCGCUCUGCAGCUGCCACGCGGCGCUCCGGGACCCGCACCGCCGGUGCUUCCGCGCCGCGCGCCAGAAGGUCGACGUCUUCGUCCACCCGACGUCCGUCCUCCACGGCCGGAACCCGCCGCCGGACGCGCUCGUCUACACGUCCUCCGUCCUCACGACGAAGCUCUUCGUCCGCGGCGUCCUCGCCGUCGACGCCGCCGCGCUCCCGAGGCUCGCGCCCCACCUGUUCUCGACGAAGGGGACGUAA